AGCUAAGGCAUAUAUUUUACACUGGAAGAGCCUCGCGGCAAACCACCAAACAUCAUCAUUCACUCACAGAAUGGAUACUUAGGUUAAUUGUAUCUUCUGCCGGUCCAGAUAGUGUAGUGGUACUGGCGCCUGACUUGUGCGUGGGCAGCGUGGGAUCUGUUCUCGCUCACUGAUGAUGUGGGUGUGAAUGGUUGUUGUCUCUAUGUGCCCUGCGACUGUCUUACAACCAGUCUAUCUAUAUCAAGCCCCAGGCAAAUCACUAUAAAAACCUUUUCCACUUUCGCUUUAGAAAUAUUUUCAGGUGAAAAAAUAAAAACUACACAAUAACCUGGCUGUAUAAAUAUACUACAGUGGACGUCACUUGGCAAUAGCGACCCCAUGGAGACAAAGACCGUGAAUGUCAAAACAUAAUUUGCAAUAUUUUAAACAUAUAAGUAGCUUGAUUUGCUGAUUGAUACAUUAAAUUAGUUAUUCGAAAUAACUUUUUGUAUUGACUGGGUGAAGAUAUGCCGUUAUCUCCCUGCAUUGUUAUUUGGUGAAACUGAUGAAAUGCUUGGAAGAAAAGAUACUCCUUCAUUUAUAUAAAUAACGGAAAUUAUGUGUUGUGAAUCAGCCAUAUUUGGUGUUUACAUUCGCCUCGACGCCUUGAGGUCGGAAAUGGGACAAUCCGAGUGAGAUAAACUCGAUUUCCCACCUUUCCGAAUGCAGCAUCACAUACCCUCAGGCUACUUCUGUGUGUUCAGGGAGUCAAUUUCAACUCAUUACACACAUGCUGCACCGCAGCAUCCUUCGCAUGAGCGCAUCCGCAGCGGCUCUUCGGCCCAAAAGUACCCCCGUGAAGACGACUUACAAAGUUAAAGUGCACCAGGAAGAAAGAAUCGGCACGAGCUGACUUCCUCCCAGAUUUGAAUUGCUCACAGACGUGCGAUCGGAAUUUUGUUUUUGUGGGGAAUCACUUCCUGGUUGUGCGCCCUCUACCGACCACACAAAUACGUGCAGAGGUAAAAACUGACACGUGGAUUUCUCUUCGGUGGGGCAUCAGACAAACAGACUCCUUCGCUCAGUUUCCUGUCGGCCGUUCCUGAAGCUUUUUCAAGGCGAGAGAUAUGUGUGUCCGAACAUCAGAAGUACGCCGUGUCUUCCUGUCUGCACUGCCGGGAAGAAAUUGAAGUCGACGGUCGAGGCUGCCGCUAACAGAGACAGCGCGUUGAAUGGCACUGAUUCAAAAACAUGGCAAGAACUAUGGUCCAGAUUUGCUCAGUCACAAAGAGAACCAUCCGGCCGACAAGACUGGAGUCCCUGGAUGUCAUAAGAAGUGGGCCGAAAACAACAACUGGUCAAGGCCGGUGGCAAGGGUGUGGACAGUGGUGCUCCUGCUUGGUACGUGCCUCCUCUACUGUGCCCGGGUGGCGAUGCCCAUCUGUGCGGUCAGCAUGGCGGAGAAGUUCAACUGGAGCAAGAAGGAGACUGGCAUGGUUCUGGGCAGCUUCUUCUGGGGUUACUGCUUCACACAAGUGUUUGGCGGUUACGUCAGUGACCGGGUGGGAGGAGAAAAAGUACUCCUGCUCUCUGCUGCUGCCUGGGGCUCCAUGACAGCCUUCACUCCCAUCUUAGCUCAUUUUUGCUCCCAGCCAAUCUUCUCAAUGACGCUGGCCCGCUUCCUGAUGGGCCUUUUACAAGGUGUACAUUACCCUUCUUUGGCAAGCCUGUGCUCUCAGAAGGUGCUGGAGAGUGAGCGAGGCUUCCUCAUGAGCACCGUGGGCAGUGGCUCCUACCUGGGCACCCUUGUGAUCGGAGGGGCUGGUUCCCUUAUGCUGGACCUUUACGGUUGGGAGAGCGUCUUCUAUGUGUCAGGUCUGCUGGCGGUAAUGUGGGCCUACUGCAUGUGGAAAUACUUACUCAGAGGAGAAGGGCCAAUCAUCACUCUGGAGUCCUUGGGAAAUGGUGUUCCACAGUCCAAACUGACCAAAAGGCAUUGGUUACGGCUCUUCAAACAACCGGCAGUCUGCGCCGUGAUCAUUACUCACCUUUGCACAUCGAGCACAUUCUUCACUUUGUUGUCAUGGCUGCCAACCUUCUUUAAAGACACGUUCCCCGAUGCUAAGGGUUGGGUGUUCAAUGUCAUUCCUUGGUUGGUGGCAAUCCCCUCUUCACUCUUUAGCGGCUACCUGUCUGACCACCUCAUAAGUCAAGGCUUUGACACGGCCUCGGUGAGGAAGUUGAUGCAGUUUUUUUCGAUGGGGAUUUCUAGUGUGUUUACCCUGCUUCUGUGCGGAAACACCACAUUCUCCUGGGCCGUAACGUUUGUGUCGGCCACAAUGGGACUCACCACCUUCAGUCACAGUGGUGUAUCGUUAAACGUUCAAGAUCUCGCUCCAUCUUGUGCAGGGGCCUUGUUUGGUGUUAUGAACACAUGCGGCGCGUUCUCAGGAGUCCUUCUGGUGUAUUUCUCGGGCUAUCUCAUCGAGACCACAGGAUCAUGGGCGUCCAUGUUCUGGCUCAUCACUGUUGUCAAUCUGCUCGGCCUCUGCAUCUUUUUGGCCUUCGCCGAGGCCCGCCGCGUCGAUGUGGACCCCAGCAAGAUACGCCAUCACCACAUCCAUAUUUGAAUACUUUGUCCCAGACUGGACGUGAUUGUGCCUUUGAGCAGCUGCAUUCUCCGCAUGGGAGGUCUGUCACCCUUUCUUUCUCUCUCGCUCUCUUUCUCUCACAUGUACAACAUGUGCACAAAGCACACAGAAGUCUGCGUUUUAUUGCGCCCUAAAAUACACAAACUCAAAUCACAAAAAGACCAGCGUGGUGUCAGGGAACUGUUAAGGGAGGCUGGUCAUUGGGGAAGGUUUUCAGGAUGAACAAAAAGCACACCAUGGUAACUGAAGUGUAGCUCCAUGUUUUAAUGAGAAAGGGGAGUUUGCAAUGUUCUACAAUAAAUCACUUUGUCAUGUUUAUGAAGACAGUCCUUACGAUUUGACAGGAGUACUUGGUAAUCAUGAUCUGUGAAACAAUCAGUCGUCUCCCACCCCAUAUUGUGCCUCAGAUUUGACCCGCAUAUACUUUUCCUCCCUUACUGGCGGUGUAUCCCCUCUUAUCCCCCCACCACAUGCUCAGAACUUAAAUUAAUGUUCCUUUCAGUGGAGGUUUUCCGUUACACGUUUACACGACCAAAUAUUUGUGUUAGAGAAGGAUUAACCCCAGGGUUAUUUGUCUAUUCAGGUUUUUAGAAACCACAAUAUGAGCAUAUUCUGUUUUUUUAUGGCUGUUAAAAUGCCCUUUCAAACCCUUCGGGGUUCAAAGGCUUAUUGACUGCAUGUGAAGAUAGUCAUAGAUUUCAUCUUUAAAAAUGGGUGAAUGUGCGUAUUUUCUGUUCAGAUGCACGGGUGAGGACUUCUGCAAAGAGCCUCGGCCUGUCACUAAUUUUUUUAUAGGCUCAUGAUCCUAUCUAUUACUCCAUCAAUUAGUUGGGCAAUUGUGCGUUGUAACUGGUGAUGGUCAGAUGAAUUACAUUGCUUAAUCAUUGAAUGCAAAAUUACCUCGCGAUUACCUCGAGAAGGAUGCAUGUGCACACGAUGGCGUGUUCUCGUCUCCUAGCUGCGCCAGCUCCGCUUUGCAGUAAUUACAUUUUACUUUAUUUUUGUCCUUUUUUUCGUUGAGAGUGACUCCAAACUUUCGAAGAGUCAUAGUACUCUUCGUUAUCUCAUGGCACUACAUACACAUUUAUUGACACAGGCAAUCAUUGGUGCGUGCCAUCACAUGAGACAUUACUGUUUGUGAUUUAUCACACAUGUACUGCACAUGCUGACGUUCACCAGUCUGUCAAAUAUAUUUCAUGAAUGUGUGAAUUUAGUCUUUCUGAUCGGCCAGAAAAGCAAGUGAAAGUGCAUGGUUGUGCCCAGAAAGUAUUCAUGCCGCUGCUGAAGAAACACGGCGUUCUUGCCAUAGAGAUAAAUAACCACUUGAGGGAGGCUCGGCCAGUUGACGACCUGUCGCUGCCGUCUUUAGCCGGGAGCCCCUGGCGAUCUCUUCCAUUCGCUUGUAUUGACGUAACUGUGUUUGGCUCCGAUGAAUUCAUCAUUACUGGUCUAAUUUGUUACCGAUUGUGAAGCGACUUGGUUUGUUUGAAACAUCUGACAUACAGUUAUGAAAGCAGACACUUGGAUCAUUUUAUACUCAGGACUUUCAUCGCAUAUUAAAUAUAAAGGUAAAAUCAAAUGUUUUUUUUUUUUUUUUUUUAAAGAAAAAAAAACAAUACAGUAUAAUGAACUUCACCAUAUAGUAUUUGUUUUUUUUAUUGCUAUCACGUUGUGUGGAAGUGAUUGCGGCAUAAUUCGGUCACUGCUUUACAACACAACUGUUCAAAAAUUCAAUUUUAUCCUGAAUUGAAAUGCAUGUUUUAAUCAAGGAAAUACUGUCGAGGCUAAUCUUCUACUUUGGCUUCAUCUUUUUAUAUCCGACUUGAGAAGCGUCAGUGCCUCAUCAGUCAUGAAUCUCACCUCACAUUCACCUUUGACCUUGUUACCCCAGUUACCUUAGUCGUGAUGUCCUUCAACACUAUACGUUAUCGGUGUGAAGUUUUCAUUUUUGGAAGGCCGCGAUGCUUCCGCCUGCGGUUGCACGAUAAAUGAUUAACACCUCACAAUCUCACCGUCUUUCUCCGGCUGGUUCUUUUUCCUCGGGUGCAGUGGUUUCCUGUCGAUCAAAUUAGGGGCACAAGAUGUGACUGGAGACGGCCGAUUCCCGCCCCACAACGGAUCAUUUUAGCAGCUACUGCUGCCUAGUCAGGACGACUGCUUUAAGUGUUUAUCGAUGUAGUUUUUAGGACAAACUCCCCUUUAAGAUGCAUGUUUUUUUUUUUCUGUUUGUUUUUUAUUUUUUUUCCAGGGGUACACAACUACUACUCAAGCAAUAUACAUGAAAUUUUACGAAGGUGGUGGGACAUUGCUCAAAGAGAAACCAUGGCAGAUUUGUUGUGAAUUUGUCUUCACUUUUGCAAACAGUUUGAGAUUUAGUACAUUUUCAAAAUCUUCAUUUCUCAUUACUAUUUGGGAAUCUUGAUGGUAAGGCAUGCACAGGAUGUUGGAGUCUAGGAAAGGUUGCAGUGUUGGGAUGGGAAGAAUAUUGAUCCAAAUUGAUGAAGAAUUCUCUACAUUUUGUGAAUGUGCUUCUUAUUUAAUGUCUCUUGAAGCAGUUGAGGCGAAUUAAUCAACUGGUAAGUUUCCCCAUUGUCAACCAGGGACUUUUGGUCAAAGUUUCAUGCCUAGUUUAGAUUUGGAUUUUAGCCUCGGUGAAGUGCUGCUCUUUGAAUGAUCCUCUUUUCAAGAAAGUGCUUCUGCAUUGACACUUCAUCUUUGAGUGGCAUUCUAGUUAGAAAAUGCUUAAAGCGUGCGUUUGUUCUGUCUCUUCCGUGUUUUUGUUUGAGUUGUUGGUAGCGUACUUAUGUCCUGUAACUGUUUGUCCCCCUUCACCAUGUUUACAAGUUCGGUUGCAGUGAGGUGAAAAGGCUUCGAGCUAAUCAGUGCAUCCUACAAUACCUGUUUGCUGUUUCAACAAAUGUUUGAAAGCAAAAAGACCAAAGUUACUGAAAAUUUGCUUCUUUUUUAAAUUUUUUUUUUAAAUGUAGAUUCAUGUUGUAGAAAUACCUGACUUAAUUAUUUUGAAUAAAGUACCUUUAUAUUUUUAUGGCUUAAGAAGUAUUUGGUAUCUUUCUAGAGAGAAUAAAUUUAUUAGGCUGCGAUGGCAAAUGUAAAAAACGCCCAAUUGACCUGGGUAGUCUUUAUAUGUACGUAUUUCACUUGGGUGAAAGCAGCUAUCGCACUUAUCUGUUGUCGUUGAUAUUUGACUUAUUUGGGAGAUGUCGUUUCUCUCUUGCCUUGUGUCCUCCUUUGCUUCGCUGUGAACUUGUUGCACACUGACAUGAUGAAUGUUGCGUGUGUUGCCAGACAAAUGAGAUCUUCAGUUUGUAGAACGAAGUCUUUUUUUGGGAGGGGGUGGGGGGGUCGCACAUACAGAAACCGGAAAUAAUUGCUUGUAGCAUUUACUCUUGCUGUUGGAAGUUUGGGUACCUAUUUCAGGUGCUUACUUGACUUUGCCAGUCUAUGCAUUUUAUGUUUUUUGUGCCUGCUUGGGAGUGGUGUUACAGUGAUGUGAUUUUUUUUUUUUUUUUUUUUUUGGGGUGUCUCUGCCGACCAUACAUACAGUACAAAAUCCUUGUGAUGCAUUGUGAAAUGGGCGGCAGUUGUUUUAUCGCACACCACAUACCUUGGCCCAAAUAUGCUUAUCAUGUUUUAUAUCACAGUGAAAAUGUCUUUACUGUUUUUAAUCACAUAUAACCUCUGUGUCGGCUCAACAA